GAGAGAACAGCCAAGAAUCAGGGACUAUCUGUGGGGUACUGCCGUGGUGAUUUGGGUGUAGGUUAGAACACUGCGAAUGGGAUUAUUGCCGCUGCCGGUAUCAUAAUUUCUAACAUGAAAACAAAGGAAGACUAACAGUGCUGGUGUUAAGAAUGUGCUGAUUAAAACGAGACAUGACGGCUGAAAUGACCUCACCUUUAACGGAGCAGGAGUUUAUCACUAUCCGUGUGCAGGAUCCCAGGCUGCAGAAUGAAGGAUCGUGGACCUCCUACGUGGAUUAUAAAAUCUUUCUCCAUACAAACAGCAAGGCUUUUACUGCCAAGACCUCUUGUGUGAGGAGACGUUAUCGGGAGUUCGCAUGGUUAAGGAAGCAGCUUCAGAAAAACGCCGGCUUAGUACCCGUUCCUACUUUGCCUGGGAAGCUCCCUUUCCACAUUGGAAGCAGCGAUGAUUUCAUUGAGAAGAGGCGUAUGGGACUUCAGCAAUUCUUGGAACAAGCUGUACAGAACAUGGUCCUGCUGUCAGACAGCCAACUGCACCUCUUUCUACAAAGCCAGCUGUCGCAGUCAGAGAUCGAGGCCUGUGUCCAGGGCCGCAAGAGCUACACUGCUACUGAAGCUAUCCUGAAGUAUGCAAUGUCAAACCGAGGGUGGGCUCAGGAGGAGACGCUUUGUGUGGGUAGUGGCAGCUAGUUAAACGGUGGCCACCUGCAUUUGUUUAGGAGCCCUGUUCAAACCUACCUUGUGGAAAAAGAUAUUACAUGGAAUGCACUUUACGAUGUACACAGAGGAAUAUUAGAACAUAAAAGGGACCAGAACCCAUUGCACUCUUGUGUUGCACUUUAUUCAGAGGUUUUAACUAUUGGAAGUGUGGCUUGCCACCCAUAGCAUUCAAAUAGUCCCUUCGAAAUGUUUUUGCAGUACUCUGCACUAUGAUCGUGACACGAGAGAAUGGCGAUUGCCAAUAAUAUAAACCAUAUUCAUUGCAAUGGGAGAUAGUCACAGAUACCAGGGCAAAACCUGUGUCCAUGAACCCGUGGGAAUCCUAGCUCAUCUGGAACCAUUGUAGUUGAGGUUGUCUACCCAACCUGAUCCCUGCUUUCCAUUUGUAAAAUAAUCAGUCUAUAUCACUGGGUGGUUUUUUUUUUUUUUUUUUAGCAGAUUGCACUUUGCUCCAUUUCUAGCAGCACUGGAAAUACAUUUUUUUUUAGCAGUUAGCAGCCUGCUGCAUGAUCAGUGUCUGCUGGUUGUUUGUAGAAUACAUUUGUUAUAAAUGCUCUGAAUUCUAAUAAAAUGUUUCUUUUAUA